ACAAACAAUGUAUUGCAACUAUUUUACCCGUAAAUAAUCAUCAUCAUUUAUUUUAUCUCAAAUGAAAAGGAGGCAUCCAUGGCCGAAGAGAGAACUCUUGAGGAACAGUUGGAGCUUCAGCUUCGAGAACAUAAAGACUCCCUUGGCGACCUGACCGAAGCUCUUUCUUCCGAUCCCUCCAAUCUCGAACUCAUAUUGGUUCAAGAAGAGCUUAAACAGUCUAUCAAAGAAGUGGAGAAUGGGCUUCUUCACAUGAAACAGGCAAGGCUACUUAGAGAAGUUGAUAUUGCUAUGCGAUGCUCCAAAAGUUAUUCCGAGAAUGAGAAGAUUGUGCCUCUUGAUCCAGAGGAUUCUGAAGCAUAUCUACCUGUCAAUCACAAUCAUUUAUAUGAUGAAGUGGAACCGAUUGUGGAUCAAAAUUAUUCUAUCGGAUCAAAAUGUAGGUUCCGCUUUACUGAUGGACGAUGGUAUAAUGGACUGAUUUUGCAGUUAGAGGGUUCUCAUUCUGCAUUAGUUUCAUUCCUGACUCCUACAUCUGAAAGCAUGCUGAUGUGCAAGUUCUUUUUACAACAGCGUUGUCGGUUUGGUAGUAGUUGCCGCUUGUCACAUGGUAUUGGUGUCCCAAUAACUUCCCUAAAGAAGUUUGUCCCUACACUAUGGGGUCCUUCAUUGGUGGGGUCCAGUAUUUGGGCCCAGGCAGAGGGAAACAGUUCUGGGCUAUGGAGAGAAGCUGAACUAGAAUCUUGGGAUGUCAUUCUUAAUCUGGGUCAUGUCGUGUUCCGUGACACAGGAAGCUCUUCUGAACUUGGGAUAGAAUCUCUCUCUCUUUCAGAGCAUGCAGAGUUGAGUGAUGAAGAGGCAGAGGUAGAAAUGACUUCCUCUGAUUGUACUUGUAGUGACUUGGAUGAUGAGGAUUCUGCUGUUCCUCUACAAGAGCUUGGGUUUCUACAAAGUACGACCAUGCAAAGUGGGGUCCAGACAGAAACUGCACUUUUUGCCAGGUGGGAAAAUCACACUCGUGGCGUGGCUUCUAAGAUGAUGGCGAACAUGGGCUACCACGAAGGAAUGGGCCUGGGAGUCGCUGGACAGGGAAUGUUGGACCCCAUUUCCCUCAAAGUUCUACCUUCCAAACAACCCCCCCUCCACUCCUUUGAAGCUCUGAGGAAUGGAGUGGAAAAAGCUAUUGGUAUCCGAACGGAACAAAAGGAGGGGAAGAAACGGAGCAGGGGUGGGAAGAGGAAACGUGAGAAGAGAUUCGCAGAAGCAGCAAGAGCCUUGAGAGAGGAAGGAUCAAAGUUUGACAUGUUUUCCCUCAUCAAUUCUCAGCUUGCUGUUCAUACUGAGAGUUUGAAAAAGCACCAGAUGGAUCAUAAAGGAGAUGAGAAGAGAGGAGAGGGGAGGCAGGGCCUGCUUGCAUACGAGGAUGAGAUACAUGUGCUGAAGAUGCGUGUGGAGAGACUGGAGAAGAUGGUGAAUAGGAACAGGAGGGAGACAGUGGUUUAUGAGGCUGGUAUGAGGAAACUGAAUGAGACUCGGAAAGCUCUGGCGGAUGCUGAAGCUGCUCAUUCUUCUGCUUCCAUCCAAGUUUUCACCAAGGAAAAAGAGAAGAGAUGGCUCAAGUUCUGAAGAAGAUACACAAUACACACAAGCACCUUUCGCAGCAUCACUCUUUCUUCUUUCUCUGCUUCUGCUUUCAGUGAGGAAUUUCGUCAAACAUCUUGAGUGCAGAAUCAAUGUUCUUGGCUUGCGUGCUGGUGGGUGAGGAUUGUGGGCCUGUGGCAGUGUACAUAUACUACUAUCAGUUAAAGGAAAAUGAACCCACCUGUGGUGUCUCCUUGAUGCCGCUGCCGAUGUCUUCUUGGUCUUCACCCGGACUCCCAAAAAUGAAGAAAACCUUCUAUCUGGUCUUUGGAAAUUUCUACCAAAUUUUGGGUUUCUUAGAAGUUAUAAAUUUGUAGCAGGUCUUAGGAUCUUGUCACUGAAAGUAAAACAUCUACAAGCAUUUACAGUACCUAAUUAAGGAAGGAGUUAAAAACAUUUAAAUUUGAAACGUCAGUGCAAAGGAGAACAAAGGCUAAUCAUGAAGCUGGACUCCUUUCUUCACCGACCAAGUCAAAGACGAGUGCCAGGCCUUCUAAAAAUGAAAAUCAAGGCCAUGUGGCCGGCCAUGCUAGAAAUUAACCGGCUAAAAAGAGUUAUUGGGCGUUUUAUUUAUUGUUUCCGGUGUUGAUCGAGUGAUUGUAUAGUAUGAGGAAUAAAUAUAAGGAUUUAUUUGGCAAUUUUUCCUUAUUUCAAUUUUUU